AUGUCAGGUACAGACAGGAAGUGAUGUCAGAGAGGUGAUACCAGGAAGAAGAGAGAGGAGACAUUGGUGGAAGUGGCAGCAGAGGAGUUAUCCGUCUACAAGGAGACCUGUAGGAGACCUGUAUGAGAUCACAUGAUGGAUGAGGAGGAGGAGGACCGGAGUCACACUGAUGACUGAGAGAAGAUCUACUAAACCUCACCCUGGAGAUCAUCUACCUGCUGACCGGAGAGAGAUUUCCACUUCUGAAGUCAGGUGAUCAUAUGACCAUCACAGUGCCUCCAUGUGACUCCCUAAAACCUGAGAGACACAACAUGCAGAAGAUUCUAGAAGUCACCAAGAGAUGAUGGGGCUACUGACAGGAGAGGUUCCUAUAAGGUGUCAGGGUGUCACUGUCUAUUUCUCCAUGGAGGAGUGGGAGUAUUUAGAAGGACACAAGGAUCUCUACAAGGACGUCAUGAUGGACAAUCAGCCGCCCCUCACAUCACCGGAGUGCGGGAAGGGUUUCCGUUCUAAAUCCAAUUUUAAUGUGCAUAAAAGAAUUCACACGGGUGAGAAGCCAUAUUCCUGUCUUGAGUGUGGGAAAUGUUUUUCAGUCAAGUCGCAUCUUGACAUACAUAAGAGGUUUCACACAGGGGAGAAGCCGUAUUCUUGUUCUGAGUGCGGGAAAUGUUUUUCAGUGAAGUCCAGUCUUUCAUCACAUCAGAGAUUGCACACGGGGGAGAAGCCAUAUUCCUGCCCUGAGUGCGGGAAAUGCUUUUCAUUCAAAGCCAGUCUUCACACACAUCAGAGAACUCACACGGGUGAGAAGCCAUAUUCCUGUCCUAAACAUGGGAAAUGUUUUUCAGUAAAAUCCAGUCUUUUGCAGACAUCAGAGAUCUCACACGGGGGAGAAGCCACUUUCCUGUCCUGA